AUUCUAAAUAAAAAAAAAAGAAGUUUUGAAUGGAUCGUAAUCUAUAAAUAAUAUUAGAGAAAAGACGAGUUAUAGUAGUUAAUCGAUGAAUAGAAUAAGGAGGAGUUUUCAGAUGACUAGGAUUUGGUGUCUUAAAUGGAUAUUGAAGAUUUUGAAUAGCGAUUAAAUACAAGUCAAUGUUUUGUGAGGGAAAAGCCUCCACAAUAGAAUUCUAGAGCUUAAUCAGGAAUGAGUUAAACUGUGAAGCAACCAUAAAGUUUGAAGGAUUUGAAUGAGAAAAUGUAGUAAAAUCUAGUGAAAAAGCAGCAAGUGAAUUAAGUGACAAGGGUAUAAGGAUAAUAGAGAUCAUAAUAAUAAUUUUCACAAACUCAAUAGGUUUAAAAGAAGCAAGAGUAUUGAAAUUAAAAAAUAAUAAUUUUAGUAAGAGAAAAUCUGUGGAGCCUAGAGCAAACAAUAAUCCUCGUUAAAUAUUAGAAUAGGCAUAGAAAGACAAUUAGGAAUUGCUAUAAAAAUUAGGGGCAAUGAGAAGAUAGCUGUAAUCUUUGGAAGCAGAGAAUGCUGAAUUGAAAUAGGAAAUAUAGAGAAAGGGUAAUUAGAGUGGAUUUUUACCUAAGAUAGAGUAGGCAGCAAAUUCAGAGUUGAAAUUAUUAAAGAUGGAAAAUGAAGAAUUGAAGAGAAUCAUAUAAAAAUAGAAUGUACAAGAGUGAAUAACAUUUUGUGUUUAGGGUAGUGAUUCUGGGAAGAUGUUAUAAAUGUACGGUUUGUAGGUGGUGAAAUUGAAAUGUAGAAUAGAUGAGCUAACUUAGUAAUUGGAGAAGUAGUGAU